AUGACUAACGAUAUUUUAACACCAGAUGAUGCGCUCACCGAGCCGGCGGAGCAAAAAACACAAUCAAUCCGAGAUGAUGAACUGCUCCCUGAUAAGACCCAGCCAUCAACUUCUAAAUCGAAAAUGAAAACCGCUGUGGAGAACCUGAAAGCAGAAAUUGUCGAGGACGAUAUUAACGAAGCAGAAAAUCGAUUUUUGGUUGACAAAACCCAACAGACAAUUUCAAUUUCUCAGGAUUUUGGAGUAUUUGAGGAUAUUGUGAAGGACUCAACAGUUUCCAAAUAUUGCGAUCGAAUCUUGACAUGGAAAGGGAUUACUGUAGAGGAAAUCAAAAAGAAGAAGGACACACUUCAGGGACGUAUUUUGGAUAAGGUCAACGGUCGUGCCCUUGCCGGAGAGCUAACCUUCAUAAUGGGAUCUUCCGGAGCUGGAAAAACGACACUUUUGAAUGUUUUAACUGGAAGAAAUAUGGAUGGACUGAAAAUCAAAGGAGAUGUUAUGAUGAAUGGACGGUCCCUUUCGAGUUCCGAAAUGAAACAAUUAAGUGCAUAUGUUCAACAGGAGGAUGUAUUUAUGUCUAGCCAGACUGUCUCAGAAGUUCUACAUUUUGCUGUUAAAAUGAAGAGCCCCGAGAGAUUGAGCACACAGAAAAGAGCGAGCCUGGUAGAUCAAAUGCUCACCACGUUCGGGCUUAAAACUUGUGAGCAUACGAGAAUCGGAUCGGUUAAGGAGAAGGGAAUAUCGAGGGGAGAGAAGAAGCGAUUGGCGUUUGCUUGUGAGAUUCUCACCGAUCCUCCAAUCUUGUUCUGUGAUGAGCCAACAUCUGGCCUGGACUCAUUCAUGUCUCAUCAAGGAAAAGUUGCAUAUGAGGGUUCUACAAAGGAUGUUGAAGGGUUUUUGGUGAAAUUAGGAUCUCCUGUCCCUGAACUCACAAGCGUCAGUGAUCAUUUCAUACGAGUUUUGUCGAGAUCAAUUGGUGAGAAGCAACUAGAUUACGAGAGAAGAAUUAAGAAAAUCCAAAAUUAUCAACUGACAACUGACACACGUUCACAAACACCUCAAACUGUUGAAAAGAAAUUGAAAAACGACGAGCAAUUGCGGAAGACGAUUCAUCGAAAUUGGUUCUUUCAAUUUUUUGCAUUGGUUGGGAGAGGAUUAAUUCAGAUUUCAAGACGGAAAAAGUACAUUUUCGCUUUCUUUUGACUGUGCUCACGCCGUCGUGUCCAUCUGUGGGGACAUCACUAUGUCCCUUAUGGUUGCUCCACUGAUUUCUGUGCCUGUUAUGGUUUUUGGUGGAUUCCUGAUAACUGUCGAUGCGGUCCCAGUGUACUAUCUUCCGUUGACCUACGUGUCAUGGUACCAUUAUGCGUUUGAAGCCAUUAUGAUUGCAUUCUUUAAGGAUCAUGGAGAUAUUAAAGGCUGCGAUAAACCUGUCAUUACACAAUUUGAAUGUUCAAAUGGCCUAAAAUUCAUUAGUGACCAGGAUUUUAAAGUGGAGCAUUUUUGGUUGGAUUUCAUCGCAGUCGGUGCAAUUCUCCUUUUUUGGAAGUUAUUUGGGCUUUUGGCUUUUGUGGUAAGAAUUCGGAGAACUACUUGA